GGUCGUUAAUCGGAAAUGCAGGAAAACAGUUAUUAAUAAAUAUUACUGAUAUGGAAAUGGAGCAGUGUUGCGACAAACUAGAGAUUCGUGACGGCCAAAACGGACGUAUUAUAGCGACACUUAAAUACUCCAGUAUCAAUGAACCGUUACUAUAUACUUCUACAACUGGUAGAUUAUAUAUUACAAUGACAAGCGACACGUCUGUCCCAAAACGUGGUUUCAAAGCAGAUAUAAGCGUCGUAACAGCUGAAAAUGAGAGAUUACUUUCUUCUUGUGGGUUUACCUCGUAUGCUAGCUCGACCCCUGCGCAAAUAUUGACCCCUAAUUACCCCGAUGACCACCCCCCUAACAUGAAUUGUCAUUGGCUGAUAAAAGCACCUACUCCCAACACACAAGUCGAACUCCAUAUUCAUGAUUUUAGAGUAGAAGCGUGCUGUGAUCAUUUAGAAAUUCGCGACGGCAAUAACGCUGACUCACCGAUGCUGACUCGACUAAACGAUAAUCUUCCGGCAAAUUCUACAUUUACGUCCACGUUUGGCGCCCUCUACUUGAGAUUUUUCUCGGAUUCUUCGACAAAUUACAGAGGCUUUAACGGAACUUAUAAAAUUGCUGGUUCUACUCUGCCUACUACAGGACCUGACUCAGAAUUCGUUAGCACUUGUUAUAGCAUUCUGAAGGCACAAACCAGUGGAGUAUAUGGCAUUAACAACAAAACAGUAACGACUUGUGGGGAGUAUUCUAAAUGCUCACUGAUACGAGCUACUACACAAGUUUCAGCAAUAGGCUCUGGACCUUUAACAGAAAUCACCUAUGGUGCAUGCGUGCCUGCGUUAUCAUGCGAGGCAACAACAUGUGACAGUCUACGUACUGCAAUAUAUGGAAUUUCUGCUCCUAUUUCGUUCAAUUUUACAUCGUGUAGUGCAACAUGCUGUUCUGAUGAUUUAUGUAACGAUGAUAGUGGCCCUGGUGUAACAACUGCUGCUCCGAGCUCGACAGAAUUUUCAACCUCUUGCUAUGACACAUUAAAGUCAUCAGCGCUGGGCAUGACAGUUUUAAACAGUAAAAGAGAGUCGUUCUGUCCACCCGAAUCAAAAUGUGUUUUAAUGAAAGCUACAACAUUAACCCAGCAGUUUGGGUCUCCACAAAAUAUAGCAGUUGAUGUUGUAUAUGGGGGGUGCAUACCAGCUGUGACGUGCGGUUUCCUAACAUGCGAUUCUAUGCGGAAUGCUGUUUCUGGUUUGCAGUCGCCCGUAAAUGUUACUUUUUCACGCUGCCAAAUUAACUGCUGUUCUGGGGCCUUAUGCAAUGAUGAUACAGCUACUACAAUACCUUUGCCUAGUCCAACAGGUCCUACUACAGGCACUGGAAGUCAACUAAGCUGUUACCUCGGCAUUAGAAUGAGUGGUGCAUUCGUGAACAGUAACAACCAAGUGGUUUCGCAGUGUGAAAUAGGUUCCGCAUGUUUAGGCAUAGACGCCACAAUCUCUGCCAGCAUUCCUGGUUCCUUAUCAUAUUCAUUUGAUUUGUCCUAUGGUUCCUGUCAACCCCGUGAAUCGUGCAACACUGUGACUUGCGAUUUACUGCAAAGCCUCUUGCCCAAUACCAGUGCUGCCAGUCAAGAAAUCACAAAUUGUCGGGCCCAGUGUUGCGAUGAAAAUUUCUGCAACGCGCCACCAAUUAUAACGUUAUCCACUAUUCCGAUGACAUCAUCAACGCCGGUGAUGUCAUCGUUGCCUCCGGUUACAGGCACGAUAAGACCAACUUCAGAGCCAGUCCCCUUGGGACUUGCGUUGCACCAAACAAAUGCCAGCCCCCAAAAUCAGUUUUUGACAUGAAAAAUAUAGAUGUGCCUUUCAAAGCAGGGUGUACUUAUAGAGAAAUGACCCGAAAACAAUGGCUUUGUACUUCUUUGUUUUUCAAUGAGUAUCCAUAUGUGGAUACUAGCAUUUGCAGGACCAACAUUCAACUUUAUGACAAAUGCAUUGCUGCGGUUAAUAAGGAAUGUACACAAGGAAGUAAACCAACCAUUGCGGACAUAAUUCCAAUAUAUUUACGCCUAGCUCAAUCAGCACUUGAAGAGGGAAUCCGCAAUUUUACGAACCGGUUUACCCCGAAUUACGAUUCCUUUUGUGUUCGUAGCAGCAUAGGCGUUGAACGAGUUAUUCGGCAAAUGCAAACCAAUUUUGAUGUUUUAAGGCAAGCUGAAAACAGUUCAGCGCCUAUUACUUGCAAUUUUAGAGCCCUUACCUCAAGAAGUAAUGAAAUACUGGCUUUAAUGAGACAAAUGCUAACCACCAGUGAUUCCAGUCAGUUUUGCAGCUAUUACACCAGUUAUAACAAUUUAAUGAAAGAGCACACGAGGAAUUUAUGCAACUACAGUCGUGAAAUAGAACAGCUUGGCAUGGCUGGUUCUGAAGCCCAAAAUUUCGUGAUUUAUUCCCAAAAAUUGUUCAAUUUGUUGCCAUUAUUAUUAGGAGACCAGCAACUGCCAAAAUGUUUGGCUUUGAGCGCGAUUGAUAUCGACUUAGAUAAUGGCACACCGCGCAACACUAAUUUCACCCAACCAGACGAAAACGGCUGUUGGUCAUACAAUCUUGACUUAAUGUUCCUAUUGGACGGAUCUGGAUCUUUAAAUACCCUGGAUUUCGAAAAUUCUAUUGAUUUUGUAAAGCAAAUUGCGGCCACUUUUGACUUACGUCAAACGAAAAUUGGAAUAAUGCAAUUUUCACAUUGGUUUAGAAACAGAGUAACAUCAAGGCAAAAUUACUUAAAGACUGAAAUAGGACUGGGACGAUAUGCGUCACAUAUAAGAUUUAACUUGGCAGCGGAUAAAAUCAGACACCAUGGGUACACAACAUACACGGCCCGUGCUAUUAACCAAGCUGUAAGGGUUGAUUUGGCUGGAUCUGAGAGAUUUGCUGACCCAUGCACGAAAAAGGCAAUUGUCAUAGUUACAGAUGGACCGGCAACAGACAGUACUCUUUUACUUGCAAAUGCAAACGCAGCUAGACGACAAAACGUUGUUUUAUUUGCCGUUGGCGUGAGAAGACAUGCUAUUACACAAUUGCAGCAAAUCGCGAGUGGGAAUAUUGGUAGCAACGAACGUGUAUACACUGCUCAAGACUUUAUCGGACUUCAUGAAUUAGUUCCAGUUGUCAGGGAUGAUUUACACAAUCUAUUAUCUGAUGGGACAAUUUUUUCAGCCAGCGCGCCAUAAGACGACAAUUGCCACUUAGACGCAAUCCGUUGGAAUGACACACGUGUUCCAAAAAUUGUACAAAGUUUUUUCUGACUGCCCUAUAGCCACAAGCAUGUAUUAUUACAUUGUAGUUACGUACGCGCAUUUAAUUUCGCUAUAGAAUAAAACAGCAUUGUCAUACAA